AUGAAGAAACCUAUGCCCUUGCAAAACGAACAGCGACAUCUGCGUCGCUUCCGUCAAAACAAACACGAAUGUGUACACUUUUCACAAAAGUGUAGAAAGUAUAAAAAGUUGGCGGAGCUGGAGGGCGGAGCGCACUCGGACGAGACGAACAGCGGAGGCGACAACAGCAACGCGGGCAGCGUCUCCGGGGGCGCCGACGACGACCAAGCCAGGUUGCGACUGAAACGGAAGCUGCAGAGGAACCGCACGAGCUUCAGCAACGAGCAGAUCGACGCCCUGGAGAAGGAGUUCGAGCGAACCCACUACCCGGACGUGUUCGCUCGCGAGCGGCUCGCCGGGAAGAUAGGCCUACCCGAGGCUCGGAUACAGGUCUGGUUUUCGAAUCGGCGAGCAAAGUGGCGGCGCGAGGAGAAGCUGCGCACCCAGCGGAGGGACAACCCGCAGCAACAGCAACAGCAACAGCAGCAGCAGGCUCAGCCCCCACCGCACGGGGCCCCCGUGGGCCUGGUCGGGGGGCACCCCACGCCUCCACCCUCCGCCGGCAUCCUGGGGGGCCAACCACCCCCGCAGGCGCCACCCUCGCCCCCCAGGAUACACCAUGGCUUCGCGCCCACCGGGGUCUACCCUGGGAUUCCCAGCAUGCCGGACUCCUACAGGUGCGACGACGCAUUUUGCUCCUCCUCGGACACCUACGUAUAA